AUGCUCCACACAUUCCGACACUUGCCUCCAACUUCGGGAACCUUGCAAUCUACCUUUCUAAAAUCGCGAUUCGCUAGGCACCCAAAAUCUCUGCAACCUCAAGAUAGGCUGGCAUCUCUUGUCGCACCUCUCAGUCCUCAAUUUAUCACUUUUUGUAGAGCACAAGUCACUUCAUUGCAAAUUACGCUCAGUUUUGUGGAUACUCAGGCUCAACCGAUCAAUCCGCAUUCAACCGCUUCGUUGGGACUAGGACGUGGACCUUUCUGGGAAUGGAAGAAGACCCUGAAAGUCUACGGCCUUCUACAGUAUUGGCGAAAAAGUCUCGUAUCAGUCGAGCUUGUGAAGCCUGCCGGGCCCGGAAGAGCCACAGAUACACCGGGGCGCUCUCCAGUCAAAAUCUCGCACCGCGCGCGAUACGAUCCAGUUCAGCUCAAAAGGCAGACGGAGAUGCGUGCGGGGAUUGGAGUUUCCAACACAAAAAACGGAUCUUUCCAAUUUUACGGUCCAUCCUCUUAUCUAAACCUAGUUCAACGCGUUUACCAGCGUAUUCAUGAAAUAAGUCACGGCUCUGAUCUGGACCAAAAGCAGAAGCCUAUUCCUGAUGGUUUGCAAAAAUGGGGCCUAGAAAACUUCAUUUUUUCCGCACGACAAGAUGAAAUGGGCGCAAGAACCAAUAAGGAAGCAAUUUUGGAUAAAUCGAAGUGCGAUGCCUUUCUCAGUGCAUAUUUCAGACUUGUCCAUCCCUUGAUACCCAUUAUUUCUCGCUCAGAAACAAUCUCCAUGUGGGAAGCCUAUUGGGGUCCACCGGGCUCUAGACAUGACAUGGUAUCGAAAGACAUUAUCUUCAUGAUAUUGGCCUUGGGAGCCCGCGUUUCUCGACCAACAGCAAAUGAAUCGGCGAGCGAUCUCGAAAAAUGGGCCGAAUAUUUUUCUUCCCAGAGUAGCGAUUUUUCAUUUGUCUUUCAAGAGCCCAGCUUCAAGAUUCUUCAAUUCCUUUUGCUCAAGGCCAUGGACUCAUUGCAAGCGAUGCGCCCCAAUGAGACUUACCUACUCCUGGGGCAUGCUGCCCGAACAGCUUUGUCCCUGGGAAUUAACCGGAGCCAGGUAGCCAAUGGCAACAGCUUUAGUCGUCCGACAAGCUUACUGGAUGACUAUAUCGAUGUCUCAUAUCCAGAAGAUCUUCCCGAAGUCGAGAAUAUCUACACGCUGGAGGACCUGGUUAGCGGUAGGCCUACAAAAGAAUGUGCAUGGGUCCGAUCAAUGGCAGGGAUUGGUCGCCUAGCUGAGAAAGCCGCUCAGAGCAUAUACUCAUCGACGAGUAUGAAGACAGUGGAGAAUCUGGAAAAGAUUGACCCCGUGGUUCAGGAAUGUGACACGACGCUCGAUGUCAUUGCACAGUCAUUGCCCUCAUAUCUGCACUUUUUCGACGAAAAGUGCGUCAUCGGCCAAGAGUGGCAGGAGAUUCAGCGCGCUCAUUUGGGUAUCAAUCACCACAUGAUGCGUAUGGUCAUUCAUCGGCCUGCUCUCGUCUUUACAUCAUUUUUCGAAACGAAAAUAGAAGCGAAAGAAAGUUUCUCUGGCUUUGUCAAGCUCGAGGAAUCGGUCAUUGCCUGCAUCAGUGCAGCCAAAGGCAUUGUAACACUUUGCAAUGAGGUAAUGUUCAAACGCUUCCCCGAUAUACGUAACGAUGCUUCCUUUGCUGCGUUUCUCAUCGCCGCCUGUGUGACAUUACUCUACGAUGUCAUUGGACCUGGCGUUGACCCCGAAUAUGCCAAAGAUAUCUUGAGCUAUGUCAAUCGAGGCAUUCACUGCCUUGACCAGAUGGAGCACAUCGGUCCAACUACGGGCAAAAAGCUCAGUAUCGAUGUGAUGGAGUGCGUGAAAGAGGCUAUUCAGUCAUCCAGCCAGGAGCUGCAACACUGUUCGAGUCUAUUCGAAGAGUUUCCAUGGCUUGACCAGGAAUCAGAGAUUCCAGAACCUGAUUUCACUCGCCUUCCUCAACCGGCGGGUUCGGAUAUCAAUCAUUCAAGGGGCGUCGCACCCUGUUUUUCUAACCCGAAUAUUCUUUCCAACGACAUAGAUCUGGCCUACAUGUCACAGUGGCUCAAUGGCGAUUUCGCUAAUAUUGAUCCCUGGAUACUUUAA